CGCAAACGGGUGGCCGAGCUAAUUUAGGCGCACCGAGCAAGCAUAUGAUCAGACAUCGCUCUGCUGGCUGCGUAAAGUAAAAGGAGACCUAGAGAGUAGAGAGAGAGAAAGAAAGAGGGGAGGAGGAGGAAGAAGGAAGAUGGGUCGUGGGAAGGUGGAGAUGAGGCGGAUCGAGAACAAGAUAAGCCGGCAGGUGACCUUCGCCAAGCGCCGGAACGGGCUGCUCAAGAAGGCCUACGAGCUCUCGCUGCUCUGCGACGCCGAGGUCGCCCUCAUCAUCUUCUCCGGCCGCGGCCGCCUCUUCGAGUUCUCAAGCUCCUCAUGCAUGUACAAAACUCUUGAGAGAUACCGCACCUGCAACUCCAACUCACAGGAAGCAACACCUCAGGUAGAAAAUGAGAUCAGUAAUUCUUCUCGGAACUAUCUUGUUUGUUUGGCCAACAUGAUUAAUUACCAGGAAUAUUUAAAGCUGAAGACAAGAGUUGAAUUUCUUCAAAGUUCACAAAGAAAUAUUCUCGGUGAGGAUCUGGGCCCACUUAGCAUGAAGGAGCUUGACCAGAUAGAGAACCAAAUAGAUGCAUCCCUCCAGCAUAUCAGGUCAAAAAAGAAUCAAGUAUUACUCGAUCAGCUAUUUGAACUGAAAAGUAAGGAGCAAGAAUUGCAGGAUGAAAACAAAGACUUGAGGAAGAAGCUGCAAGACACCACCACCACCAGCUGCGGAGAGAAUGCGGUCCAUAUGUCCUGGCAAGACGGUGGGCAGAGUAGCUCCAGAAGGCAUGCCACUGAGCCUUACCCGGGAGUACUCCAACACCCGGAGCAUGAUACCUCCAUGCAAAUUGGGUAUCCUCAGGCCUACAUGGACCAGCUGAACAACAGAGAUCACAUGGCUUCACAGCGCCCUGGUGGACAUCCUGGAUCGUCUGCAGGUUGGAUAUGAUUAACUGAUGUGGAGCUGCGUCCCGUCACCGUGUACUGUAGCUAUUGUAUUUGGACUUGAGUGACAAUUGCUAUGUUCUUUUGUGUGUGUACCGGAGUUGUGGUGGUGAGCACCACAUGUAUCUACUGAAAUUACGUGUAUGCUAAGCUGCGUUGUACGCUGACGAGGCCAAAAGUUGGACAGUGUGUGAGGUGUGCUGAUGGCGCUAUUGUUCUUUUUUCUUGGAUGAACAUGCAUUAUGAAACACUGAA